ACUCAUUAAAAUGCACAUUAAAAAAGAUUCCAAGCGGAGAAGCGUCGUUUGGAAGGAGGCCGCAGAUCCAAAAUUUUCCGGUAGCUCCUUUGUUCGUGUGACACAUUGCUGGGUGCCGUGGGUUCGUGAUCGUGAACCUUUGCUCGAGAAGAGCGCGUGAGAAAGCGUAGAAUCGGAUUGCACAAAAUAUGGCGGGCACCACAACCGUGAUUCAUCAACCAGGACUUAGCUACCAGAAAGAGUACUCCGGCUCGGUUCAGUACAUCGGAGGUUAUGACGAGGGAGAAGAUGGGGACGUUUUUUCUCCGCAUAAUCAAGGAGCCAAUAAUGGGUCACAAGUUCCGAUGGGCUUGGAGGUGUUUGAAAAUGUCAGCAAGUUAGUAGCUCAUCAAAAUGUGGCCGACAAUGAAGCCUGGUGGGGUCGUUUGGACUUUGAUGUCAGUGAUGGGGCUGGAAAUCAGCUGUUUGAUGUUAAAGAAAUCAAGACACUCAAUCCAUGGCUUCAAGCACUCCUCGGUGAUUCCAGGCCUUACUACAUGAAAAUCAUCAACAGUGUCACAGGCAGUUGGAUUAUGGAACUUGAGCAUCCAUUUAGCUGCAACAGUCCUGCUUUCUGCCCUUGGGUGGCCCCUUCCAUGACUGUGCGUAUGCCUACUGGCGAGGUUCUAGGACACAUAAAGCAUGCGCCCAGAGAAACUCUUGGUAGCUUUUUGGGACCUUCAUAUUAUUUCCAAGUUUACAACUAUGAAGGAAAUCUCAGCUACAAGAUUCAAGGACCUAAUUGUUAUCCCUUUGAGUGCAAAAGGGAUAAUGUUGCUGUUUUUAAGAUACUGAAAGAGAGUGAAAAAGUAGGAUCAGAAAGUCAACAAAUUGGAGAGAUCACGCACAACUGGCGAGGUUGUUGUGGAGGUAUCUGUAGCUGCUGUAUCACUGGAGAAAGAGACUUUGCCAGCAUCUCAUUCCCGUCAAGUUCCUCAGCAGAAGAUAAAGCCCUGUUUCUUGGAUUGCUCUUUUUAGUGAUGCAUUGUUAUAUGGAAAUACAGUAAACAACACAGUUAAGUCGACAUUACUAGCACGACUUCGCCGUAAAACUGAGUCAUUAAUGGCUUGUAAGAAUUAUUUUGAUAUUAACCUCAAGGAGCUGGUUUCGCUGACGGAACGAAAGCUUUGACGCCUAUUUUAUUUAAUUUUUUUUUCUUUUUUUCGCAGUCGCUAGUUUUAUUCUACUACUCUCGUUUUAAUUUUUCCCUCCAUGAACGGUUUCAGUGGAACCGUGUUCUUCUGACUCCAAGGAUUAUUACCUUUCUUGUUUAUCAAUUCAUUUUUAAUUAUAUUAGUAUUCCAUCUUCCCUUUUGAGAAUUUUUCGCUAUUUGAUUCUUUUACAGUGUCACUACUAAAACACAGCUAACCAAUCGCAUUAUCGGGAACAUAUAAAUGAUUUCAACUAAACUCAGUUAAGCCAAUCAGUGCUCAAGACCAAAUAAGAAAAAAGAAAAAGAAAGCAGAUGCAAUUUAUCAUCGCUUGUUUCUUGUAAUGGGAUUGGCCAGUUUUGUAUGGGUGACUUGGGAUACAGAGUUCAGCCUGUAAAUCUGCUUUUCCUGAGGUAAAUUUAUGUACGUUGUACAUAACCAGAGGAGAGUUUUCUGUGUAGAAUUUAAAAUUUCCAUCAGUCACAUGUAGGGAAAAGGGAACUUGCAGCUGAGAUUGUGGAUAUACUCCAUUUUAAGGUGUAAGGCGUAAAUGACGAUUUUUAGAGCUAAAUUUUAAGUUUGAAAGGGUUUUUGUUCAAGGUGUGUAUUUCAGCUGUCAACAAUAUUUGUCCGGAUGUUUGACGAAAUCGCGUGAAUGUCGAGCUUAUUUUCUGCAUAGCCUUACCCCCAUCCAGACCUAAAAGCCAUGUGAAAUUGAAGACAAGAACACUUGGCACUUUUGCGCUCGGCAAAAGAGGUUUACUUAUUCAUGGUAUCGCGUAACUUGCUUGUUUGGCUAUUUUUCAUCCUCAUAUUGGAAGAUAAGUUCUCUUAGCCACUGACAGUGGAUUUUUCUCGUGGUUUCUUCAAACUAUGGUCAAAUGGUGCCAGUUUUUAAUAGUUUACCAACAAUGGUUUUAUAGACCAGCAGGGUUUUUAAUGUACAGGAAGUUAGGAACCUGUAUAUUUCCAUAGAGAUGCUACAUAGUUCAGUUUACAUGAUAUUCUUAAACAUGUAUACGCUAUUUUUGUAUAUUGGACCAGGCCACCCAUUUUGAUGCGACCCUUUUAUCAUCCUUUUUAUAAGCCUUUAAGAGAAUGCAGUUUCACGGGUACAGUAUGUGGGAGGUGGUCCUUUAAAUUAUAAAGGGGGUGUGCCGCUGACCAUGACCCUGUGAGCCGUUUCCCAGUGGACUUGUUCCACUGUAUGUUUGAAAAUUGGACCCUGCUCCAUACAAAAUACAAAAAAGACUAUGCGCCGUUCCAGAAUUUUUAGUUUCCUGUUUCAUUUGUGUAUCCGUUUCGCAAACAUUUUUGAUCGUGAAGAAUCCGGGAUUUUGGGGGAAUUUACCCUUUUGAAACUAAAGUUAGAUAGACUCCUCAUUCAUAGCUACAGCAUGAUUCUGAUUUGCUCAUUUAGGCAAAAAGCAAGCACUGUUGGGUGGCGCACCCCCUACAUAACCCAGAAAUUGGAAUACCCCUUUUAGAAUUUUCCCCCAGCCCCUUCGUCAUCCACUCCCUCACCCCUUCCCCUUUCCAACCCCAAUCUCAU